AUGCUCGGGCUAAUUGAUGUACAAUUUGAAUAUAAUGAGGAGGACUUUGAAAGUAUUUCGUCUGGAAAGUCCUUCAAUGCUCGCUAUCGACAACAAUUCCAAGAUAUGAAUCCAACAGCGAGUUGGGCACGUAUUAAUGCUGUAAUGGUGGCGAAAUACAACGAGUACCAGAACAUGCUAACUGGACGUGGUAGACAAUUAGCUAGUAAGAAAGUUGGCCGAAUUCCUGGAUCUACUUCAACUCCAGCAUCUUCUAAGGAUUUGCAACCAACUUCAUCUGGUGCUGGUUCUUCUGGACAAUUUGAUAAAGUUGAGAAGGUUGCUCCUUUGAAAAUUCGCCUUUCAACGAGAAAGAAGCGAAGAAAUGACGAUUCUGAAGAAGAACUUAACUCUGAUCAAGAAUUUGAAUCUCUUCUAAAAGAACAUGAACGGCAAUUGGAUGAGGAGGAAAGAGCAAAGGAGGAACGAAAAAAAGAACGUGCCGCAGCUAGGAAGGCUAAAGAAUCGAAACAAAAAGUUAAACGGCGAAAGGAGGAAGGCGAAGGAGGGGAAGAUGGAGAUAAUCCACAGGUUUUUUGA